AUGGACGAUGUGGACCUAUCAGAUUUUAAUUACGAUUACGAAAAUGAAAAUAUCGGGUUGGGAGAGAAAAUAUUGGAAAACUCGUUCGAAAGUACAAAGCGCAUACUGAUGUUAUGCGAGGAAAGUGAAGAAGUCGGUUGUAAAACUGCGGUCAUGCUCCAAGGCCAAGGAGAACAGCUGAAGACCAUAGAAGAGGGGAUGGAAAGGAUCAGUGGAGAGCUCCGCCAAUCCAACAAAUACAUCAGCGGCCUCGAGAAGUGUUGUGGUCUAUGUUUGAAUCCAUUCAGGAGAAGGAACAAGCUACAGAAAGUCAAGUCAUCACUCCUUAACAACAGCAGGAAGAAAACCGUAAUAGCUCAGCAACCGAGCUCUAGCAAGACGGUUAAGAAAAUUGACAAAAAGGUGCGUUGGAUGAACAUAAGCGACUCCCCGUUGGAAAACAAAAUAGAGGACAACAUAUAUGAGGUAGACACCAUGAUAGGAAAUUUGAAGAGUCUCGCAUUGAACAUGAGCGAAGAAAUAGAAAACCAAAAUAAUUCCAUCGACAAUAUAGCAUUGAAACAAACUUGUAACAUAGAUAACAUAGAAAUGUUAAAACAAAGAGCUGAGAAAAUAAACAAAUAG